UGGCAAUUUGCGGGAUAAUCCUCCCCACCUCAUCCCCUGUUAAUUGGCAGACUCUGUCUUUUCCUAUGCAUUACUUUUCGUUUGUAAGGUAUAUUCUUUCCAACGAAGAUUUGGGUUUUUGUUACACGGCAUUCCAUCAAAGUUACGAGCUUUAAAGUUGAAUAAAUUUGCCCCAAAUGCGUUGACCAGGGGAACAAAUGCAUGAUGCCCCACACAGUCCGUGUAAUAGGCGUUUAAUAAUAUAGAAAUUGCUUGGGUUUCAACUUUCCCCAUCAGGCUGCUGUACUAACAAUUGCCCCCCUCGACAUUUUCGUGACUCACGAGUAUAAUUAAUCUUGUUUGGAAGGCCGGCCGUCUGUACUUUGAGGUAAUAAUUAUUUCCCGUGAGGGCCCAUAAAUUAGGCGGCAUUAAAAUAUGUUAUAGAAUUAUCGCCUUUGGCAAUAGAUUAAACUUAUGGUUUUUUCUGUGAGAAUCGAUUUGUCUUUUUCCCUCAGUCGGUCCUGUCUUGUGGGUUAAGAUGUAUGAAGUCUGAGGAUUGUGGUUUGUGGGCAUUCCCACAACAGUGUCAGACACCAUACCUACUUGAUACUAUGUGCAAUUCAUGGUUAAUUAGGGGAGGUGGGUGAGGGAAUCGGUCAAAAACAGAUGUCUUUUUGCAAGUCUUUAAAUAAUUCCAAGUCAAUUACAGUAACAGUAACGUCUUGUGAAUUAAAUGGGAGGGGAUUGACCAGAGAGGUGCCGUGCUUAGUGGGUUUACUGAAUAUGGAAGGUUCGUGUUCCUAUGGGGAGUGGGAUGACGUGUUCACUUCGGGUCUCGGCGGACUUUGAAUCUUGACGAACGGUAUUGGGAGUUACCUGGAAUUUGGGUUGAGGCUUUCCCAUAUAGAUCGCAGUUGGGUUGUUUCAAAAUCAAGUCUUUUAGGUUUUUAAGCCCUUGGUUGAUGUGUGCAACGUCUAAGGAAAUUUGGGUUGUAACAGAAGGCAGGGAAUUUGCAACGCAGAUGAACAUGCGAAUGACAAUGGAUUCAAUGGUUCUUUCCCUAAGGAAAUUGACAGCAGUUUUGAUGGUGAUGGUGAUUGGGUUGUGCGCAAGGCCAUGCCUUUCAUCCAAUUCAGAAGGAGACGCACUCCAUGCCUUCAGGAGGAGUUUAUCAGAUCCAGAAAAUGUUUUGCAGAGCUGGGAUCCUACACUCGUCAAUCCUUGUACAUGGUUCCACAUCACAUGCAAUCAGGACAACCAUGUUACCAGAGUGGACUUAGGCAAUUCAAAUCUUUCUGGUCAUCUGGUGCCCGACCUUGGAAAGCUCGAGCACUUGCAGUAUUUGGAGCUGUACAAAAACCGAAUUGAAGGAAGCAUACCAGAAGAAUUUGGCAAUUUGAAGAGCCUUAUUAGCCUGGAUUUGUACAAUAAUAAUCUUACGGGUCAUGUUCCUCGUUCAUUGGGGAAAUUGAAGUCGCUUGUAUUUCUACGCCUUAACAACAAUUGGCUAACUGGACAAAUUCCCAGAGAACUUGCUUCAAUUCCAACACUCAAAGUCGCGGAUGUAUCGAAUAAUAACCUCUGUGGAACUAUCCCGACUACUGGACCAUUUGAGCACUUCCCUUUGAAGAAUUUUGAGAACAAUCCUCGUCUUCGAGGUCCCGAAUUGUUAGGUGGAGCUGCAUACGAUAGUGGAUGCUGAUGAAAGAGGGUAGGCCACAAGGUCAAAAGUUUUUCUUAGGGUGAAACCACUACCGUAGGCUUGGAUAAAUUUCAGUCCUCCACAUGUAUUUUCCAUGUAAUAUUCUAAUGAAUGGUCUAUGGUUCCUAUUCCUUUGAUUGUACUUUCAAGAUAGAAGUCACCACCAGAAUAGCACUUUCUAGUCACAAGAUAUAGUUAUUGAUCUAUUGUAUUUUAACUAAACAGUUUACUGGCUAAAGAUAUCGUGACAGUAUUUGUUACAUAACUUUUCCAUGGAGAAACCAGUAUAUCUGUGCUCAUAUAUUGCUAUAUAAGGCUUGAAUAUUAAUGAAAAAGUAAAAUUCAUGCAUUAAA